AUGUCAAAGCUAUUCGAGGUAUUCCUGGGCAAUCUGUGGACGCAGCGCUUCACCUUUGCCCGCAUGGGCCUGGACUUGGUGCCGAAGGCAAAGGGAAGAGUUCUGCGAUCCCCGGCUCUCUAUGGCAUCAUGUUCGUGGCCACCGGCUUUGAACUUUGCACCGUCUGCGCUUUUAUGGUCCAACAUCGCAACCAAAUCGUGCUCUGUUCCGAGGCCUUGAUGCACGGCUUGCAGAUGAUCUCCUCGCUGCUGAAGAUGGCCAUAUUCUUGGCCAAAUCCCACGACCUGGUGGCCCUCAUUCAGCUGAUUCAGCAGCCAUUUACGGUCGACAGUCUCGGAGACUCCGAAUGGAAGUCCCAGAACCGUCGUGGCCAACUCUUGGCUGCCAUUUACUUUAUGAUGUGUGCCGGCACCAGCGUCUCCUUUCUGCUGAUGCCUGUGGCUCUGACCAUGCUGAAAUACCACUCCACGGGAGACUUCGCCCCAGUCAGUUCGUUCCGAGUGGCACUACCGUACGAUGUGACCCAACCGCAUAUCUACGCCUUGGACUGCUGCCUGAUGGUCUUCGUGCUGAGCUUCUUCUGCUGCUCCACCACCGGAGUGGACACCCUGUACGGCUGGUGUGCCCUGGGCCUGAGCUCCCAGUACCGUCGCCUUGGCCAGCAGCUGAAAUGGAUUCAGGAGCACUCCGAUCCAUCGCGUUCCGACUUGGGCUGGAGUGGCCUGAUCGUCGAGCAUGCCCGGCUCUUGAGGCUGGUCAGAAGGUUCAAUGCCAGCUUCAUGGAGAUCGCCUUCGUCGAGGUCCUGGUGAUCUGCGUGCUCUACUGCUCCGUGAUCUGCCAGUAUAUAAUGCCGCAUACCGACCAGAACUUCGCCUUCCUCGGCUUCUUCUCAAUGGUCGUCACCACCCAGCUGUGCAUCUAUCUCUUUGGCGCCGAGCAGGUGAGACUCGAGGCCGAGGGAUUCUCCAGUCAGCUGUACGAGGUGAUUCCCUGGCAAAGCCUAUCUCCGCAGCAAAGAAGGUUCCUGCUGUUGCCCCUGCAGCGGGCUCAACGCGACACGGUCCUGGGCGCCUACUUCUUCGAGCUGGGCAGGCCGCUCCUCGUCUGGAUUUUUCGCACCGCGGGCUCUUUCACCACUUUACUGAAUGCACUUUACGCUAAAUACGAGACGCCUUAA